CGAGGGAAAGAAGCGGAUUCAGACGGUAGUAGUAAAGCCUAGCUCGGGUCGGCCGAGCGCAAAUGUGCGCUCUACGUGGUGACAGCCGCGUCUCGUUCGAGCUGCUCUCAUCUGAGAUCUCGUUGCCAGAUCACGAAGAACGUGGUUCAACGUUCGAUCGUUGAAUCGAGGGGAGAUAUCUGGCGUGAUGGGCGAAACGAAGAAACCGUGAAGGGUAGAGAAACGUCUCUACCACAAGUGUGAACAUCCCCUUGGUUUCAGUGUGUGCCUCCAUCGUUCUGUUUCUAUCUCGUUCGUUCGGCCCGUCUCUCUCCCGUUCUGUGCCUCUGCCUGCCUGUUCUCACUGUUCUCUCGCUGUGCUUUCUAUCCUGGUCACACAUACACACGUACACGUACACACACACAAACGUCUCUACCUCUUUCUCACACUUUCUGGUCGUCAUCAUCUCUGUUUCGAGAUCGAGGUGGUAAAAGUGGCGCGAGCACGGGCAGACCCAGCCGAAGACUGGCAGCGUCCAAGGCACUGGCGGAGCUGGUGCACGAGAUCAGGAUGAAAUCGAGGAGCUCGUCGUUUAUACCUUCGAUUCUUAUGCAUCGGUCACUUCAUCACGCCAUCAUCGUUCUUGCAGUCAUCGUCUGGUCCUCUCACCAGUUCAGCAUCUCGUGAUACUCCUAUAAAUUAAAACGAGACGUCAGCGAAUUCUACUCUCUGCUUCCAGCAAUAUAGCUGUAUUGAUUCUCCAUCAAGAUCGUCGAAGUUACGAGGUCGUUAGAGAAGGUAUGUUCGCAUAAAGAUCUCGGACAAAGUUUAUCGUUGCUGGUGGAGGAUUGACAGCCUCCGGCAGGGCAGGUCUCGAGGCGAAGGAUCUCGAGGAAGUGGAGGAGUGGACCAGGUGCGAGCUACCAGGAGAGCCUGGCACCUGGCUGUUUAGUGGCUGUUGAUAAAGGGGGGGUGACGGGUAACAGCACCUAAGGGCGGGUGGGGGGAUGCAGCUCGAAAGGGUGGCGGCAUGGAGGAGCCCUCGCUGGAGGCUCUCAUGCAGGCGGGCCUCAUCUUCGUGGUCGGUGUCGCCAUCAUCCUCUCGAAUCUCCUCAUCAUCGCCACCUACCUUAAUUUCCGUGGUCCCUCCGAGGUGAUAAACUACUACUUGCUGUCUCUCGCGUCGGCGGAUCUUCUUUGUGGUCUGCUGGUGGUUCCGCUUUCGGUGUAUCCGGCGUUGGUACGAAGAUGGGUCUACGGGGAUAUCGUGUGUCGUCUCGUUGGCUAUUUGGAAGUUACUCUCUGGGCGGUAUCCGUUUACACCUUCAUGUGGAUCUCCGUCGAUCGGUAUUUAGCUAUCAGGAAACCAUUGCGUUACGAGACCGUGCAGACGAAGACCCGAUGCCAGUGCUGGAUGGUCUUCACGUGGAUCAGCGUGGCGAUGAUGUGCUGCCCGCCCCUUCUAGGUUUCCAAAAGCCGAUUUUCGACCGGGAGGCGUUCAUCUGCAUGCUCGACUGGGGCAACAUGGCUGCUUACACCAUCACACUGUCGAUCCUCGUGCUAGGCCCAUCGGUCAUCACCAUCGUCUACACCUACUGCUACAUCUUCACUAUGAUGAGGCGGCUAAGAUCCGGCGUACUGAUACACGACAAGGAGUACGCGACCGCGCUCUCGGAAAACCUGAGCAAUCCGAGUCACAUCAUGUCCUUUGUCCUGGUGAUGGCUUUCUGGGUAUCCUGGGCACCGUAUGCCGGUCUCCGGAUAUACACUGUCGUUAACGGACCGCCACAGGUACCGUUUCUUCACUUCGCGGUAGUGUGGCUGGGGGUGACGAACAGUUUCUGGAAGGCGGUAGUCCUCGGAACCCUGAGCCCGCAGUUUCGAUUGGCGGCUCGCGUGCUCUGUCUGACGUUGUGCUGCCGGCAUAGACGACUUCCGCCCGAGUUGCUCGGCCUCGACGACGACGAUUAAACGCCAAACGCCUACGAGAACAAGAGGGGAAACGCUUUCCUUUUGCGCGCGAGCGUUUUACAACACGCGCCUCAUUCCUAGAGCAUCGCUUUUCAUCUCACGGUAUUCGAGAUCGUUUCUUGCAUCCGCCACCGUUCUCUCAGAGUCUUCUUCGGAGGCUGAGACUGAGAUUCUUUGUUCCGAAAGGUGCUACCACAACGUCCACGACAACAAACGGUCGGAUUUCCAAAAUGUGGGGUAAAUUUUAGGAAAAUUAUUCAUAAAAUAGGAAUUCUUGUCGACGAAUGUUCGAUAAACGAACGAUCGAAGAUUGAAGAAAGGAAUUCCUUUUUUUUUUUUGACCGUUGACAUUUGAAAACUUCAUCUUCACUCUAUCUUCAAUACAUCUAUAGAUUGAUGCAUAUAAAAUGUCGUUCUUUUUCCCUUUUUUAUUUUUACGUCGAAUUUUAUGUCGAAUAGAAUAAUCAGAUAACUCGUAGAAACUUUAAUUUCGCUUUAUUUCACAAAGUGAUUUGUAAAAUGUCAGUUCUAAUAAUUAUGCAAAAGCAUACAAGUUGUUUUAAAAUGACUUAUUAAUUGAAACGUUAUCUGAUAAAAAUAGAGGGUAAUAAAUAAUUUGUAAAAAUAUUUCCUUCAAAUAUAUAUUUCCAGUUUUUUUGUUUUAAAUUUAAAUACAAUGAUAAGAAAGGAAUUAAUAUGUUACUCUGAAGAAAUGAUAUUUCAUAUAUAAGCAUCAAUUUAAUAUUUAUCAUUUCAAUUGAAAAUGUUAUCAUUCUCACUAAAUGGAAAACGAAUUUUCUGCUAAGCAUGAUUUCAGCCAAGUAUAAUAAAAUAAAUUUCUCUCUAAAAUGAAUGAACAGUUAGACACCAUAAUAAUAAACUUCGAAAAAACUAAAGAUUUUUAUCAACGAAAUUAUCUUUUAUCAUUAAACGUGUUCGAUUCAAUCCGAAUCGUAUAUUCACGCGUGUUAAUCAAAAAUCUAAUGAAAAGAGAAAAGAAAUUAAAAAACCGGACAGAAAAGAGAAUUAAAAAACAUAGAUUUAUCUUCUCUUCAAACUAUUCAUAUCACCUAUAAAGAAAUCGCGUAAUUCCUUUUUCUAUACAAUUUCAAUUUAAAUGAUCAAUCAUACGUAUAUUUCAUAUAUACAAGCGUUUAUUAUUAAAAAAAAUUUGCUUUAAUUCGAUAAAACGCGAAGAAAGAAGCAUGAAGUACAGUUCAAAGAAAUCGAAGCUCAGCUUGACGAAGAUUCCCGAUAGGAACACCAUCUUCGCUAGCGAAUACGUCGAUCUAAAUUCCCUUUUGACGACGUUUUCACUCGACAUGAAUCGCUAUAAUUGAUUAAAUCACGGCGACGCUCUGUUUAUCUCCCUUUUUUUUUGCUUUUUCUUUUUUUUCCGCGAAACGCUCUCGAGAGAAAAAUCGACGAAACGCGGAGAGCUCGCGCGUUCCUCUCCUCUCCGUCGUUUCGUGAGAGCGUUCCCGACGGAAACUGAUCGUUGCCUACAUUACGUGUAUCUACGUGGUAAGAUCAAGCUCAAAACAAGUAUCUUAGCCAGUCGAGAUAAAAAAGAAAAAAAAAAAAAAAGAAAAAGAAAAAAAAAGUAACGUAUUAAAUAUAUAAUCGGGGGACGAACGAUUUGCUUGCGAUCACGUUAAUGUGAUUACAUGGAUAUCGAUCGGAAAAAAAGGUGUAUGAAAGAAGAAUGAUAAAAACAGGACGCAAAAUAAUAAGAGAAUACUAGGUCAAUUAACGGAGAUGCCUCUACGGAAUGCGACGCCGCGUCUAUCUAUGCGCGCCAGUAGAAUGGCCAAUGUGAAAUUGAGAACUCGAGGAUGGGGUUCCGAUCGCCAUGGUUAUACGCUUUUUUUUUUAAUAACGCGCUUCCUCCUCUACUCGGCCACUCGAUCGGAAUUCUUUCCGCUCUCUCUCUUUCUAAAUUUUUUAAUCAACAACGAGUGACAGGUUUAUUUUGUCUAUUUUUUUAUUCUAACUUUUUUAACUUUUUGUUUGAGGAAUAA